GCUGAAAUUCUAACUGAAGACUCAGAAAGAAUCGGAACACUGACCUCAGAAUCAGGAGACUCUGCUCUCAGCUUUAAAGACUCUGAACAUUGACCUCAGAAUCAGGACUGGAGCUCCUGAUAAAGACGGAGCUGAAAUUCUAACUGAAGACUCUGAAAGACUCUGAACACUGACCUCAGAAUCAGGUGUAAUUAAGUGAACAACAAUGAAUGAGACUGUUUUUCAGCAAUGAUGCUUCUGUGUGUGAUGCUACUGAUUUUCUCUGGUUUCAUGGAGUCCACGUCAGUGAACUUUAAAGUAGUUGGCCGGGCUGAGUCCCUUGUUGUUGACGCUGGUGAAGAUCUGAUUCUGCCCUGUUCUCUCCAACCCAACAUCAGUGCUGUGGAUAUGAUGGUGGAGUGGAUUAGAACAGAUUUGAGUGAUAAUAGAUUAGUUCAUCUCUAUAAAGACCAUAAAGAUACAAAUGAUAAGCAGAUUAAGUCGUACAGAGGAAGAACAGCUCUAUUUAAAACUGAACUGCAGAAAGGAAACACCUCACUGAAACUCUCAGGAGUCCAAGCUUCUGAUCAGGGAGUUUAUCAGUGUUAUAUUGAGUCUGGGUCCCUGUAUGAUGACAUCACUGUUCAUGUUGAAGUUAAAGGAAAAGGUUUUCAUGCUUGGAAGAUUGCCAUCAUCUGCAUUUUAAUGUUUGCCAUUGUAUUAACCGCCUUUACAGCUUACAUCUUGAAAGAUAAAUUCUCAAAAAAGCAGCUUUCUCCUGCGCAAUGUUCAUUCAUAGCCUACAUGCGUGUCCAGUCAGAGAAUAUGAAGGAAGACUUGGACCUGAAGAAAUUUAACACAUCAGAGGAAGGAUACAGAAGACUCAUCCCAGCUAUCACAAACUGCAGAAAGGCUCGAUUUGCUGGCUGUAACCUCACUGCUUUGUCCUUUGAAACUUUAAGUACAGCUCUACAAACAGAAAAUUCCUCUGUAAAAGAGCUGGACCUGAGUAAUAAUGACCUGCAGGAUGCAGGAGUGGAGAAACUCUCUGCUGGACUCAAGAGUUCACACUGUAAACUGGAAAUAAUCAGACUCACUGUUUGUAAACUCAGCACACAGUCUUGUUACACUCUGCAGUCAGUUUUACAGACAGAAACCUCCUGCCUGAAAGAACUGGACCUCAGUAAUAAUGACCUGUAUGAUUCAGGAGUGGAGGAGCUCUCUGCUGGUCUGAAGAGUUCACACUGUAAACUGGAGAAACUCAGACUUGCUGUGUGUAAACUCAGUGCAGAGUCCUGUAAUACUCUGCAGUCCGUUUUACAAACAGAAACCUCCUGUCUGAAAGAACUGGACCUCAGUAAUAAUGACCUGCAGGAUGCAGGAGUGGAGAAGCUGUCUGCUGGACUGAAGAGUUCACACUGUAAACUGGAAAUAAUCAGACUUGCUGUCUGUGAACUCAGCAUUCACUCCUGUAAUACUCUGCAGUCAGUUUUACAAACGGAAACCUCCUGCCUGAAAGAACUAGACCUCAGUAAUAAUGACCUGCAGGAUUCAGGAGUGGAGAAGCUCUCUGCUGGACUGAAGAGUUCACACUGUAAACUGGAAAUAAUCAGACUUGCUGCGUGUAAACUCAGUGCAGAGUCCUGUAAUACUCUGCAGUCCGUUUUACAAACAGAAACCUCCUGCCUGAAAGAAAUUGACCUCAGUAAUAAUGACCUGCAGGAUUCAGGAGUGGAGAAACUCUCUGCUGCACUGAGGAGUUUACACUGUAAACUGGAGAUACUCAGACUUGCUGAGUGUAAACUCAGCACACAGUCCUGUAAUUCUCUGCACUUAGUUUUACAAACACAACCCUACUGCCUGAAAGAACUAGACCUCAGUAAUAAUGACCUGUAUGAUUCAGGAGUGGAGAAGCUUUCUGCCGGAUUGAAGAGUACAAACUGCAAACUGCAGAUACUCAGAUUGUCUGGUUGUAUUAUCACAGAGAAGGGCUGUUUUUCCCUGGCUACAGCUCUGAGUUCAAACCCGUCACACCUGAAAGAAGUGGAUUUGACCUACAACCACCCAGAAAAGUCCGGAGUGAAGUUGCUCUCUGCUAGACGGGAGGAUCCACAAUGCACACUGAGCACCCUCAGAGUGGAACAUGGAGGUGAGAACAGAAUCAAACCAGGACUGAAGAAAUAUUCCUGUGAGUUCACUCUGGAUCCAAACACAGUGCACAGUUCUCUCUCUCUGUCUGACGGGAACAGAAAGGUGGAGAAUGUGGGAUCUUCACAGUCGUAUCCUGAUCAUCCAGAGAGAUUUGAUUACUAUAAUCAGGUUCUGUGUAGAGAGAGUCUGACUGGACGCUGUUACUGGGAGGCUGAGAGGAGCGGGACGGGUGAAAUAGCAGUAAUGUAUAAAUCAAUCGGCAGGAAAGGAGACAGUGAUGACUGUAAUUUUGGACGGAAUGUAAAGUCCUGGAGUCUGAGCUGCUCUGAUUACAUUUACUCUGUCUGUCACAAUAAUAUCAGCACUGAUAUCUCUGCUCCUCCCUUCAGCUGUAAGAGAGUAGGAGUGUAUGUGGACUGUCCAGCCGGCUCUCUGUCCUUCUACAGCGUCUCUGAUGAUAAACUGACCCAUCUACACACUUUCAACACCACAUUCACUGAACCGCUCUGCGCUGGGUUUUGGGUCGGUUCUGAUUCCUCAGUGUGUUUAAAAUAAAAUAACCUCCUGAGUGAAAAUCACAAAACACAGAACACACACACACAGAACACACACAACACACACACACACACACAGACAGAGCC